GAGACAGAGGUAUUAAGAAAGGGUUUGGGAUGCUUCAGCUUAAGCUUUGCUGAAACUUGGCCUCGUCUAUGCUGUAUUGGGCAGUUACCCAUACAUCAAUAGAUCUUCGUAGCUUUGAUUUUCAGCUCCUCUCUCUCUCUCUCUUCUUUUGUUCCUCUCUUGUAGAAUGUUAGGGAUUCUCGGCUUUUGCUUAUUUUUCUCUUCUCCUGUUUGCUUGAUUGAUCGGACAGUUUGUUAGGACGAGGGAGUUCUUGGUUUGAUGUUCGUAAUCCGACUUCGUUUACUGAGAUUUUGUUGAGGUUUAGAGUGUUGAUCGAGUGUGAGAGAGUUAGUGAAUAGUGAAAACAAACAAGAUGUGGGAUCUUAAUGACUGCCCUGAUCAGAGACCAGUGGACGAUGAAUCGGGGUGCUCAUCUCAGAAGACCAACUCCGGCGACGACGAUAAGGGCAAGAGGGUGGGAUCCGUGUCCAACUCCAGCUCCUCCGCUGUGCUCAUCGAGGACGGAUCAGACGUCGACGAGGACGCCAACCCCAGCUGCAGGAAGCGCGGCAGCAAGAUAUUCGGGUUCUCUGUCACUGACGACAACGAUGACGACGACGGCGAUGAUCCUCAACCCAUCACCCGCCAGUUCUUUCCAGUCGACGACUCCUCCAAACCCAUGCCGCCCGGCGGAGCGGUGGCUGUUGCUUCGUCGUCUUCUUCUUUCCCGCGGGCCCACUGGGUCGGAGUCAAGUUCUGCCAGGAGGGGGACUCUGCCGGGCCUGUAAAACCGGCUGAGCCGUCGCCGCAGCAGCAGCAGCCGAUAAAGAAGAGCCGUCGUGGGCCCCGGUCGAGGAGCUCGCAGUACAGAGGGGUGACGUUUUACCGGAGGACCGGCCGUUGGGAAUCCCAUAUCUGGGAUUGCGGGAAGCAAGUUUAUCUUGGUGGAUUCGACACAGCACAUGCAGCUGCUCGAGCGUAUGAUAGAGCAGCGAUCAAGUUCAGGGGAGUAGAGGCUGACAUAAAUUUUAACAUUGAAGACUAUGAAGAAGACUUGAAACAGAUGAGCAAUUUAACAAAGGAGGAAUUUGUGCAUGUACUUCGCCGACAAAGUACCGGGUUCCCUAGAGGUAGCUCAAAAUAUAGAGGAGUGACGUUGCAUAAGUGUGGGAGAUGGGAGGCCAGAAUGGGCCAAUUUUUAGGGAAAAAGUACGUCUAUUUGGGAUUGUUUGAUACUGAGAUUGAUGCCGCAAGGGCCUAUGACAAAGCUGCAAUUAAGUGUAACGGGAAAGAAGCUGUCACUAACUUUGAUCCCAGCAUCUAUGAGAGUGAGCUGAAUUCAACUGAGCCUUCUGGUAACAAUGCCGCAGAACAUAAUCUGGAUUUGAGUUUGGGAAGCUCUAACCGGAAAAAGAACAACCCAGCAUUUGGGACAGCUCAGAAUCACACACCUCAAAUUGCUGCAAUGGAACAACAACAACAACAGCAGCAGUCUGCCUCCAUGCAAUUCGAAUCCAAUUGGAGGAACAAUCAGGGACUUCUUCGCCCCAAGCCUAGAGACGAUAAUGACAUCCGCAGAAGAGAUGGGUACUUGGAGCAUGAAGCCAUGCAGCUUCUGCUCCGCACAAACCUCCAAUCUCCAUCUCCUACUCAAAUGCAAAAGUAUGGGCAGUUUAAUCAGUUCCGAAGCCCUGCUGGAGAGACACCGGCACAAAUGCCUCCUCAUUUCCCGCAUGCUUUUAACCCACCAAAUUAUCAGAUUCAGUUUUCGAGCAGCAGCGAGGUCGGAGUUCGCAUUGGUAGUGAUCUCACCCUAUCAAUGAGUGAUCGGCAACAAUGGCAAUCUGGUCAUCCCUCCGAGUUAUUUGUAACUGCUGCAGCAUCAUCAGGAUUCCCACCGCAAAUUAGACCACCACCAUCACAAAAUGGCUGGCUGCAGAAAAAUAAUGGGUUCCACUCUCUCACUAGGCGCAGUUGAGCGAUUUGGCCGGACUUGGGAGACCACCCUCUAUAACAAUUUCUCUGCUUUUCUUACUACAAAAUCAUCAACAUUGUCCUAACUAGUGGAUCAAGCUAGUUAUGUACGUACUAUGUAAGCUAAAUUUUCCUCUCAAACGAUGUCGUUUGGUCUCACGUAUGUAGGAAGAGGGAAAGGAAGAGGCAAGGAAAAGUAAAGAAAUUCCAAUUUUCUGGGGAUUAUUGGUCAAACUAACCAAAACGGAAGAAGAUCUUGAACUAGAUAUUCUGAUUUCCAAGUA